GUAGGUUAUUACUUCAUGCUAUACAUAAUAAAAUGAGAAUGCCUGCAGAAGCUUCACAAAGGAUCUUCAAAAGUGCCAUCGGAGCAGUUUUGCCCCCUGCUUUGGUUCACUCUAAUUUGGAAAGACUUGGAGACACACUUGCUGUUGGCUCGAAAACAUACGACUUGCGACACAAUGUGCAUAUAGUUGGAUUUGGAAAAGCAGUAUCAGGAAUGUGCAGGGCUGUUCAACUGCUGCUGGGAGACCAUCUGGUUAGAGGAAUAAUCAGUGUACCUUCAGGGACUUCGAAAAUUCUGGAAGAGGCAGGAAAAAGCUUCCUCCUGCCAGACAAAGAUGGAAAGAUCUCAAUGUGUGAAGGUGCAGUUAACAAUCUUCCGGACGAAUCUUGCAUUUGUGCAACUCAGAGAAUAAUAGCUAUGUUACGGGAUUUAACAAAAGACGACAUAGUUAUAACAUUGGUGUCAGGAGGAGGGUCUGCACUUCUUUGCGCUCCUAUUCCGCCAUUGACACUAGAUGACAAAAUGCGUGUUACAUCAUUUCUCGCAAAACAAGGAGCAACAAUCCAAGAGUUGAAUAUAAUACGAAGAUCCCUAUCUAUAGUGAAAGGAGGAGGAUUAGCACAAAUUGCAUACCCAUCUAAGAUGGUCGCUUUAAUCCUAUCAGAUAUUAUUGGAGAUCCAUUAGACCUAAUUGCAAGUGGCCCAACAGUUUGCACGGAAAGCAAUGUUGAGCAAACAAGAAUAAUAAUGGAAAAAUAUGGUUUACACAACAAUAUUUCCGCUGAUGCAAAAACGAUUCUACUAAAUCCAGUUCAAAAUAAACCAGGGGAUCUACGACAUGUACAAAAUAUCCUUGUUGGUUCAAAUACUGUAGCUGUGAACGCAUCGUUGAAGGAAGCAGAAACGUUGGGAUACAUGGCUUUUGUUCUUUCCCCAAGCGUUGAAGGAGAAGCAAGAGAUGUCGGUGUUUUCCUAAUUGAAUUCAUGAUCAAAGUGAUAGAAUGUAUUACAAAGCGUCAUUUAGAGACCGAAGAAGAAUUCACUAAAUUCCUAUACGAGCAUCUUAUCAGAAAAUAUGAAAGCAAGAACUGGCCAUGGAUAUCUAAUAUCGAUAGAUUCGCCAGAAAGUUACAUCAAUCAAUAACUAGCUCCAACCAAAUUCUACACAAAAUCUGCAUAAUUGCUGCUGGUGAAACUACAGUUACAGUAAAUGGAACUGGUAAAGGUGGUAGAAACCAGGAAAUGGUACUCGCUGCAGCAAUUCACCUUUUCAAGUACUAUAAAAACAUUGAUUACAAUCUCUGUUUUCUUUCUGGUGGAACAGAUGGCCAGGAUGGACCUACAGAUUCUGCUGGAGCCUUUGUUGAUAGCAGUUCUAACUUUAUCACAGACCCAUCUGAUUUAGCACAAGCAGAAAAAGCAUUGCUCAAUAACAAUUCCUAUCAUUUUUUAAGCAAUUAUUCGGAUACCUUGUUAAAAACUGGUCUUACAGGAACAAAUGUCAUGGAUUUACAAAUUUUAACGGUUCAACGGUUUUAACAGCAUUGCUCAAUAACAAUUCCUAUCAUUUUUUAAGCAAUUAUUCGGAUACCUUGUUAAAAACUGGUCUUACAGGAACAAAUGUCAUGGAUUUACAAAUUUUAACGGUUGAGUACAUGAAUUUUUUAAAAUGAAUAAAGUGUGCAAUAUAAUUUAAAUCACAUUA